UGAUGUAUAAAUUUUAUGAAAAAUCCCAGUAACAUUUUGUUCCAUUCGAAUUCAUGAAUAAGGUUAAUCGUCCUAAUAGUUUGAAAUAUGAGUGUAAAUGUGUGUUUUUAGGUUAUUUCUGGUAUUACGGAGAGUUUAAAUAUAAAUCGGCGAAUGUGAGUUUUGUGUUAGGCUCCCUAACUAAGUUUAAGUGAAUUUUUGAAAAAGUGAUUGUGUGCGUGAGCAAAUUUGCGUUCUAUAAUGACCGGAAAUUUGCGAGAGUAAAGAAAAUGCAAAAUAAAUUAUAUAAGUGUGUCACUAUCAAAAGAAGCGUUCUAAUUCAGCUAAUUCCCAAUGCAGUGUAGUUUGGAAUGGAGCGAAAUGUUAACAACGCAUACUAGUGUACUGUUCUACUAAAAGAUGUAUGCUGAGUGAGCAGAAAGCAAGGAAGCAACCUCACUGUGUACAGUGCAUCGUUGAAUACAGCAAGCAAAGUAGCCAAAGGAAGAAAAAAAAGUGGAUAAAAAUAAGGUGGUUCGGGCAGAAAACAGCAUAAGCAUUGUGUUUCCUUCACUCGCAUUAGUGAUUGUGUACGGGUGCACACGCACACACAUACGCACCAUCAUCAUACGCAUCCUAAGGAAGAAAGGGGAAGGUGAAGGAUCACAGCGUGCUGUAUAGUGCUGUGAGCAAAGGGAAAUCGUCGCUUUUUCACGUUCUCCUGAUCCUUUCCCCACAGUUUGCCGAUAGGUCUUCAGGUUCUGUCUUGAAAGCAGAAUCUAGUAUUGUGUGUCUUGUGUGUUUGUAUCACGGUAAAGCCUGUAUAAAAGUGUGUGCGUGUGUGGGUGUGUGUGGUUUUCUCUAGAAGUUAAUGUGCAUGUGCUGUGUCAGGUGCAGUAAUUUUGCGAGCGAGAUCGAAAAGAUGCGCUGAAGAUAUUUUAUCGGCAUGAAAUGGAAGCAGCCACCAUUCGUUCAAUGCAGCAGGUCGGGCCAACCGGACAGCGGACCGACUCUGGCCCUUCACCUCAACCGACGCCGCCUGGAAUGUCGUAUCAGCAGCGCGUCCAAACUGCGACCGCUGCUCAAAUUCAUCGGACGGCUGAUGCGACGCAGGGCUAUAGUAAGGGAGGAGGACCGUCAUCUUCACAAACAGUGCCUCGAUCCGCGGCUAGUCCAUUAUCUCCACCAAGGCCAGGCCCGGGAGCCGCUGGUGCCGCAAACUAUCCAUCGUUUGGUGGUACUCCGGCGAGAGAAUCACCUCUGCGAUAUGUGCAAAAUAAUUCGUAUGUUCCUGCCUUUAUUCGAGAUGCGAGCCCAUUCAGCCGCGUUCCACAGGUACAACAAAUCGUCACUGAGUACCGGCAAGCGGUUCCUUCAUCGGUUACCGGCGGAACAAGCGUAGUGCCCAAUAGCAUAGUCGUCUCUCCUUCUAUCAGCAUUGUCAACAAUAUGGAUGUGGGACCAUUACAUUCGUCUUCACAUCACAUUCAGCAGCAACAACAGCAAUCGCAACAAUCACAACAGUCCCAACAGUCACAGCUGCUCCAACAACAACAAUCGCAGAACCAACAGCAGCGUCAUCAUCAGUCUCCGCAGCCGCAACAGCAAUCACUGCAGCAGGAACAGUCGCAGUUGGAGGAACUGAAAUCACAGCCGCAGCAACAGUCGCAGUUAGAGCAACAGCAAUCACAACAGCAGCAGCAAUCGCAGCAACAGCAGCCACAGCAACAACAGCAGCCACAGCAACAUACGCAGCAAUUUCUGCAAUCACUACAGCACCAUUUGCAACAUCAGCAUCCAAAGCAGGAAGAGUCGCAGCCACUACGACCACAGGAACAGCAACUUCGUCAGCCCCAGCCGCAACCGCAUACGCAGCCGAAGCUGGAGCCGCGGCAGCAGUCGCAGUCGCAGGAAGAGCCACAGUCGCAACCACAGCCAGAUCCACAGCUGCAGCCAGAGCCACAGCCGCAGACUAAACCACAGUUACAGUCGUUGUCGCAGCCAGAGCCAGAGCCACAGUCUCAACCACAGUUACAGUCGCUGCCGCAGCCAGAGCCACAGCCACAGUCUCAACCACAGUUACAGACACAGGCACAGCCGCAGUCUCAACCACAGGCACAGACACAGGCACAGCCGCAGUCUCAACCAUUGACACAGGCACAGGCACAGGCACCGGUACAGGUACAGGGACAGGCACCGGCACAGACACAGCCACAGUCUCAAUCACAGGCACAGCCACAGGCACAGGCACAGGCGCAGACGCAGGCACAGGCACAGCCAGAGCCACAGAGACAGGCACAGCAACAGUCACAGCAGUCGAAGUCAGAAGCGCAGGUACAUUCGCAGCCUCAGUUAGAGGUGCAAUCCUUGUCGCAACCGCUGUUGCAAUCGCUGUCGGAGACUCAGAUGCAGACGCAGCCCCUGUCAGAAACUCAGACGCAUACGCAACCUAUUUCGCAGCCGAAGCCGCAUUCGCAGACGCAAAUGCAACAGUCGUCGCAACUAAAACCGCAGUCUCGGUCGAAACCGGAGUCGCUGUCAAAAUCUCAGUUAGAGUCGCUAACGUAUACGCUGCCGCAGAUACAAUCUCCACCAGAACAACAGUCGCAAUCACAGAAACCACUAAAAGAGCAACAAGAACAACAACAAGAGCAACAAAAACAGCAGCAGCAGGCGCAGCAGGAGCAACAAAAACAACAGCAGCAACAGGAAUCACAAGUGCAACAACAGCAACGGCAACAUCAGCAACAACAUCAGCCUCAGUCGCCACAACAACCACAGCAACCACAGGAGCCACAGCAAUCACAAGAGCCACAGCAAUCACAGGAGCCACAACAGUCUCAACAGCCACAGGAACCACAAGAGCCACACCAACCACAGGAGCCACAAGAGCCAAAUCAACCACAGGCGUCCCAACAACUACAAGAGCAACAACAGUCUCAACAGCCACAGCAGCAACAGCAGCCACAGCAGCUACAGCAGCCACAGCAGCCACAGCAGUCACAGCAGCCACAGCAGCCACAGCAGCCACAGCAGCCACAGCAGCCACAGCAGCCACAGCAGUCACAACAGCCAGAAUUACCAGAACUGCCACAUCAGCAACAAAAAUCACAGCAGCCGCCACAGCAACCACAACAGCAACAGCAACCUCAGCAUCAAAAGCAGCCACAGCACCAACAGCAGCAACAGCAGCCACAGCAGCAACAGCAGCAACAGCAGCAACAGCAGCAACAGCAGCAACAGCAGCAACAGCAGCAACAGCAGCAACAGCAGCAACAGCAGCAACAGCAGCAACAGCAGCAACAGCAGCAACAGCAGCAACAGCAGCAACAGCAGCAACAGCAGCAACAGCAGCAACAGCAGCAACAGCAGCCACAGCAGCAACAGCAGUAUCAGCAGCCACAGCAGCCUCAGCCACAACAGCAACAGCCCCAGCAGAUGCAGCUACAGCAAGCACAACAGCCACUGCACCCAAAGCAAUCACAGCACCUACAACAGCCACAUCAGCCACAUCAGCUACAUCAACCACAGCCGUCUCAACAACCACAGCAGCCACAGCAGCCACAGCAGCAAUCGCAACAGCAGUCGCAACAGCAACAGCAGAUACAUCAGUCACAGAAACAACUACAGACGCAGCUGCAGUUGCAGCAGUCACAGCAGUCACCUCAAUUGCAGCAGCCGGCGCAGCAGCAGCAGUCACAGCGGUUACACCAACCACAACGGCAUCAUCUGCAACAACAGCAACAGCAACAGCAACAGCAACAGCAACAGCAACAGCAACAGCAACAGCAACAGCAACAGCAACAGCAACAGCAACAGCAACAGCAACAGCAACAGCAACAGCAACAGCAACAGCAACAGCAACAGCAACAGCAACAGCAACAGCAACAGCAACAGCAACAGCAACAGCAACAGCAACAGCAACAGCAACAGCAACAGCAACAGCAACAGCAACAGCAACAGCAACAGCAACAGCAACAGCAACAGCAACAGCAACAGCAACAGCAACAGCAACAGCAACAGCAACAGCAACAGCAACAGCAACAGCAACAGCAACAGCAACAGCAACAGCAACAGCAACAGCAACAGCAACAGCAACAGCAACAGCAACAGCAACAGCAACAGCAACAGCAACAGCAACAGCAACAGCAACAGCAACAGCAACAGCAACAGCAACAGCAACAGCAACAGCAACAGCAACAGCAACAGCAACAGCAACAGCAACAGCAACAGCAACAGAAACAGCAACAGCAACAGCAACGGCAACAUCAGCAGUAUCAGCAGCCACGGCCGCCUCAGCCACAAACUAUUCUAGCGCAACCAUCUUCAGUUUCUUCACAACAUGUUGGAGGAGGAACCCCCAUAAUGGUUACAUCAUUGCCGCAGCAACAAAUACCCCAUCUCCCUCUAUUAGUACAGCAGAUUCCACAGCAAAUGGCGCAACAAACGUCAAGGCAACGUAUUACUUUGCUCCAUCCUUCACCAGAUUAUCUUCUGCAAUCUUCGAGAUCAGUGGUCCCAGCGGUAACCGACAGCAAUGGACCACCCGCAUUUAAAAAGAUACGAUUAAAUGAGGUUGUCAGUUCACAGCAUCCGCCGCCAGUUGUUGGCUCCGCUGUGCCACUGCCAAUUGGUAGUACUAGCAAUGCAACGACGCUGCUGAAGAUAGAUACUAGGGAAUCGCCGGUUGUUAUGGUAACUUCGGGAGCAUACCAUCCGCAAGUGGAAGCUAUCUCGCCUACACUGCCCAGUGAUCCCAUGGAAGAGUUGCGUGCCACUAAGGACGAAUUGUUACAACAAAUUGCGAAGGUAGAUAAUGAGAUUGACAAGGCGGAGAAAAAGAUUGCGUCAUUAAAGAAAAAGCAGGAAUCGCUCGAGGAAGCAUCUGCUAAACCACCGAUUGAAGAAAGCUCCUCGGAGGCGCAACCUAAGCACCGUAAUCUAGCGCAAAAAAUAUAUGCGGAAAAUCGUAAACGUGCCUCCGCAGCUCAUGCCGUCCUAAGUACGCUCUGUUCAUACGGAGCUGACCCUCUUCCGUUGUAUAAUCAGCCGACGGAUGCGGAAAUGUGCCGGGAAAUACAAGAACGUCAUCGGAUGUUUAAGCAACGACUGUUGUUGCACUUCCGGAAGAUCAAAACAGAACGUGCCGCUAAGCAGUGCGAGAUAACCGAACGUUACGCCCUACUAUCGCAGGAAUGGACCAAGCGCGUCGAUAAGCUAGAGGCGAGCGCCAAGCGUAAGGCAAAAGAGGCCAAGAAUCGCGAGUUCUUUGAAAAGGUUUUUCCGGAGCUUCGAAAGCAGCGGGAAGAUAAGGAACGAUUUAAUCGUGUAGGUUCUAGAAUAAAAUCUGAAACCGAUCUUGAAGAGAUCAUGGAUGGUCUUCAAGAACAGGCCAUGGAGGAUAAGAAAAUGCGCUCAUAUGCUGUGAUUCCACCUUUAAUGUUAGACUCCAGACAAAGAAGGCUAGUGUUUAAUAACGAAAAUGGAGCGCUAAUAGACAUGGAAACGGAAUUUAAGGAGCGGUUAAGUUUGAAUGUGUGGACAUCUGGCGAAAAGGAAAUUUUUCGAGAAAAGUUUUUGCAGCAUUCGAAAAAUUUCGGCACAAUUGCUGCUAGUUUGGACAGGAAAAGUGCGCAGGAUUGUGUGCGAUAUUACUACCUCAGUAAGAAGACGGAAAAUUAUAAGCAGUUGUUAAGGAAGUCCCGACAGCGAACAAGAAGCUCUAGAAACCCUCAAAAAUCUAACCAGCAGCAAACACAAUCAAUUGUGGAUGCAAUGACUACUGGUGUUACAACAAGACUACAACGUGAACAACAACAAAAGACUGUAGGCCGUGAUCGUGCCGCGAAUUCAACAAAUAGUACGAUAGGAAGUAAUGCGACAGCCAAUAUUGUCAAUGUCACGACAAAUCCGUCAUCUACCAGUGUUCCCGCAAGCAGUAAUAAUGGCAGUAGUGGCAAUAAUAUCAACAACAACAGUAAUAAUAAUAAUAUUACAAGUACUAACAUGAUGAGCGACGUCACUAGCACGGGUAAUAACGGCAGCAUUAAUGGUAGUUGUAUUACGAAUUCUUCGUCCCUAUCACCUAGUAGUUAUGUGACUGCAUCGAUCAACGCUUCCUCCGUUACAUCUGCAUGUAGUGUGAAUAGCAGCAACACCUCUUGCAGCAAUGACAACAACGCCAUUGUAAUUGACAAUGCAACUGAAUCGACUUAUAACAGUAAUAACAGUGCAGUAAAUGUUAACUGUAGCUUUGCUUCUGGUGAAGACGCUCUAGAGAUUUCUACGAAGAUAAAUGACACAGAAUUAAAUGCAUCCACGGGCCCAAGUGUAUCGAAAACAGGUACGACAACCGUAGAGACAACGGUAACGAGUGUAUCUUCCGAUACCGAUAGGGUGAUGGAUGAUGAUACAGGAAUGGAUAUAUUAUCGACGGCAUCCUCGAGUAGUGCGAAAGUGGUUAGUGGAGAUGGAGUUACUACUUUUACACCAUCUACGGGGCAUGUAGAGCAAACAGUAUCGAAUCCAUCGGAUGAGACUCCUGUUGAAAAUAGUAUCGGAGUUUCAUGUAUUAUACCAUCUACUACGACUGCAUUAUCUGGUAGCAUUCCGAUCAAUGGCGUGAAAACUGAAUUGUUCUCGUUGAACUCUACGGUUAGUCAACCAUUGCCAUCCACGGUUGAAUUAACGCUUGGCUCUGUGGUUGCGAGUGUAGUAAGCAGCAAACUUGGAAGUGUCAAGGAGGAUGCUCAACACUUCAAAGAAGAAAUUAGUACUAGCGACUCACUAAACAAGCGUAUUGAUGAAACUAUCAACGAAUCUAACAGUGCCGACAUUCAAGAAGAUAAAACAAAUGUUACGGGUACAUUACAUACGUGUUUCAUCUGCAAAGCAGAGUUGUGCUCGCGUACACGACCUCUUGAGCGAAGCCGUGCCACGCAGUAUGGAAUAUCGGAAGCGGAUAUCCCCGUUGGAGCUAGAAUUUGCAACAGUUGCCAGUGCAAAUCGGUUAAAUCGCGUUAUACUCACUGUCCUCUUCCAACCUGUCCCAAUCCUAAAGAUCGCGUAAAGCGCUUCCGAAAUCUUCCGCCUCGGUUGUUUGAACUGGUACCAGAAAUACGCGAUCCGAUCGUGCAAGAGCUUCAAAUACCACCAAAUGUUAGCAAAUGCUGUUCGGCGUGUUUGACAAGGAUUCGUCGUAAGAUGGGUCCUCAUCUGCUUGGCAGCAACAGUCUAACCGAAGAGGAGGUUAGCCGACUGAAAAAAUUAUUGCAAGAGCAUGGUCCCAAGUGGAGCCAGUUUGCAGAAUCGUUCGGAAAACCAGUUCUCGCCCUUAAAAGUUGCUAUUUUCACUAUCAGAAAAAGUAUGGGCUGGAUGUUGCUUUAAAUGAGUACUAUAAACUGCAUCCCAGCGAGGAUCGUCGGUCGGCCUUAACUGAUGGCGAUGAGUCAGAUCUCAGUGCCGAGUCAACUUCCUCAGAUGAACGGGAUGGUAGCAGCGACACUACUGCGUCGGCAGAAAGCCCAACUGCUGGAAAUGGAGGAGUAAAUAGUGUUACAAUCGGAAACGUGACAGCGAUGCCUACGAAAAACAACAGUAGCAGCAUUACUACUGAUGGAAUUUCUAUUGUAGAAGGUGUGCUUACAACAGCUAAACUGGAAGAAAGCGGGCGAAUCAUACUCGAUAGUGGUAAUGUCCCAUCUGGCGUUAUUGGUGAUAGUGACAGCGUUAGUGGCAGUGAAGUCGCAAUUUCAUUAGCACCACCACCAAAGACCACAGCGACAAUAACCGGAUCUUCUUCGUCAACAUCUUCGGGUGGUAGUGGUGUCGCGUAUGAGGAUGACCGUUUACUUCCUCCAGGUCAACCUCAGCCAAGGAAAGCAUUACGCCACACGGAGGAAUAUGAUAGUUCAGCGACCGAAACCGCUGAUGAAGAGAAUGAAUCAUCUCCAGCGAAUAGGCAGAGUCCUAAAGUAUCUCUUUCUCAUCCUCCGAUACCACAUCCGCACUACCCGCCACCAUUGCAUCACAGCUCUGGAAUUGCAAUGUUGCACAACUCUAUUAGCAACGCUCAGCAACACACGAAUGGUCCUCGUUCUAAUGUCAUUGGAGGAUGUGUAAGCGAUAUAAACUCACCACAGAAUGUAAGGGACGUGAUGUUAAAUGUCAUUGAAAGAUCGUUAAAGAAUAACUCACUAGCGGCAACCAGCAAACCACCUCCGCCGGGAUUACGUGACCUACAAUUUGGAUCUAGUGUAACACCAUCCUCUUCUGUGCCCUCUGGACAGCAAAUUCAAUCAGUAACGGGAUCUGUACCAGCGCUGGCUUCCUCAGGGGCCUCCUCUACAUCGUCAUCGAUGGGCAGAGAUUUUCGUGAUGGGACGAAAGUAGUGUUAACCUCAACAGGAGGUGUUCCACAAGUAAUUACAGGAGUUGGUGCUACCGUGACAUCGACGUCCACCGGUCAGCAAUCUAAUCCACUUUCGAUGCCAGUCUCCACAUUAGGAAUUACUGUGGUGAACUCUCAUGGACAAAUAAUUUCUUCGCCAGCAGGCCAGCAGCCGCAUUCAGCUAUACCACCUCCACUUAUUGGUGGUCAUGUGCAAUUAAAUCAUCAUCAUGCAUUGAGUAGUCAAAUUCCGGCAACUAUCACUCCAAUUCCACACUCUAUACACCUUGGAGCAUCGCCAACUUUGAGUUCAUCUGUAGUUCGCCCACCAAACGAUGAACCACAAACGUUGGAUCUUAGCAUCAAAAAAACACCCCGCACAGAGACGAUGGCUGUAUCGGCUGCUCCAACAAAACCAACGGAAACUAGCAACAAUGUUAGUAGUGGUGGAGGAAACUUUCCACCACCGCCUGCGCACAGCCACAAUAAUAGUAAUCAUUUGAGCGGCACUGCUGGUGGAAAUAGCGCGGCUGGCGGAAGCAGUGGAAAUAACAACAAUAUUAACAAUAAAUUUCAUCUUGGGCAUCUAUUGCCAUCAAGCACGCAUGGACCUUCAGUUACUGUCUAUAGAACGGAUGGUACAUUUUCGGGGCCUAACAUUCCUCCAUCGUCAACAUCUGCUGUGGGAGGUGGUACCUAUGUGAGCUAUCACCCGUCCGGGGCGGGCGUAUCUGAUGCUAUGGGCCGUACGUUGACAAAAUCCCCUUCGGGUACUGGGGCAGCAUACCUUACCAUACCGCUGGGCACAGGGCCAGGGCAGAACAGUGGAGGGUUGUCGAUGCAAGGUUCGACGGGAUCUACACGUCAGUCAACAUUGUCUUCGCUCACACCUCCACCCCCUUUGUCAGGAAGCGGAAUUACAAAGGGGAAGAACACUCCCAAACUGAGUCCUAAAUUAUCUAGUAGUGGUUCUGUCAGCGGUGGUCCUAAAGGAGGUUCCAUUACCCAUGGCACUCCGGUAAAUGCCACUCAACAGCAGCAGCAAAAUCAGUUAAUCAUCCAGGGUCAGCCAACAUCUACGGCAAAUUUAAGCCCACGGUACGAACCGCAUCUUCUGCGUCAAACACCGCCAUCAUCGGCUGCUUCCAGUGGUCGCCCUGGUACUUCUUCAUCUCCGGUCAUAAUGAGUGACAAGUUUAUAGGUUCCAUAACUCAAGGAACUCCUGUGCAUGGGGGCAGUGGGGGACUCCUGUCUGAUAAACGUUCCAGCUCUUCAGCAUACGAAUACAAGCGUCAGAGUCCUGCGCAAACAAUAGUAGUUCCUGGCGGGGGCCAUAUAUUACCAAUUCAGUUUAGUCCCUAUGGAACUGGAGUUCGGGGCGUCAGCGGUGGAAGUGGUAAUGGAGCUUCUGGCGUUACAGCGUACUCGUCACUUGAGCCAACUUCACAACAGUUGAGUUCAAGACAAAUCAUAAUGAACGACUACAUAACUUCACAACAGAUGCAAGGCCGAACUAGUGCCGCAGGUGGUAAUGGAGCAGUCGGCUCAACUGGUGUUGUACCUUUGGUCGUCAAUGCAACUGCCAACAGUCGCUCUGGGAAGGAAUCUCCUUUACCACGAAGCGUUGGCGUUAGUGUUCCUGGAGGUCCUACGCCAUUGUCUAUUCCACCGGGUUCAAUAUAUGGUAUCGUAGGAAGCAAUGUAGUUGGGACGUCACCUUUGGGCAUUGUUAGUAGCCGACAAGCUCAGAAUGAUUAUCUAAGCCGAACUUCACCAGCUGCUGAUCAUGUUAACAGAAUUUCACCGGUGUACAGUAAUACGUCUAGUCCACAUCGAACUCCGCCACCACCACAGCGACAAGGUGUUAUACAGCGUCACAAUACUAAUAACAGCAGUGGCAGUGGAUCUGGAGGUAACAGUACUGGAAAUGCCGGCACUGUGGCUAUGGUUGUAGGUGGAAGCGGCGUUUCUUCUAAGCCACCUAGUCCAGCACCGCGUUAUCAUCUGCAACCUCCACCUCCUCCUCAUCAUUAUCUUCAAGAUGCGUUUACCUCGUUCGUUGAUUUAGCGGUUCAACAACCACCGAUGACAGUUCCGCACAAGGACGACGCAAAACGAGGGGUGCCCGAUCAGCAGCAACAACCAUCUGCGACGAUAUCGACAGGAUUAUCAGUAGUUGGGUCUUCGAGUGUACACCAUGAUAUGCGCUAUCAGCACCCUACAAUGAUUCCAUUCCACCAUCAGCAACAUCAGCUGCAUCAACAAACAAAACAACUUGCGCAAUCGCAAACACAACAACUGCAUCAACAACAAAAUAUACAUCAUACGCAAGAACAGUCGAAAACACUGCUUCAAGAUCCGAUUAAGCUGCAGGCACAGGAACUAUCAAAAACACAAUCACAAUCCCAGCCGCCAGUACAGCUACAGUCUCAAUCCCAUAAUCAGCAACAAUUAUCUCACCAAGCGCAUCAACAACACCAACCGGCUCAAUCGCCUCAGCCACCUCAUUUGCUACAAUCGAAACAGCAAUCGCAAUCCCAGUCGAUUCACGCGCAGCCUCUGCAAAAUCCUCAAUUACAUCAUCAGGAUCAUGACCAUGAACAUCAAAAGCAACAGCAAAAGCAACAACAGCUCCAGCAGUUGCAUCAACAGCAAGUAGUGGCUGCAGCUGUUGCUCAGCAUCAUCAACACCUGAGACAGCAGCAGGCUGAUAUGCAGCGCCGUCAUCAGCAAUCUCCGUUGCAUCCAUCGUUACAGCAGUUGGGACCUAUUGCGGCGUAUCAACGGGAUCCUCAUCAUCCUGAUCAACGAGAUCGGCGUGAGGAUCUUAAUUUCCGCGACCGUGUUGAACUAGAGCGCAAUUUAUUGGUGGAAAGGGCGGAACGUGAACGAGAUAGGGAACGUGAACUUCGGGACCGUGAGAGAGAACGCGAGCGAACCCGUGAAAGAGAACGAGAGCGUGAUCGUGAUCGAGAGCGUGAUCGUGAUCGAGAUCGUGAUCGUGAUCGUGAUCGUGAUCGUGAUCGUGAUCGUGAUCGUGAUCGUGAUCGUGAUCGUGAUCGUGAUCGUGAUCGUGAUCGUGAUCGUGAUCGUGAUCAUGAUCAUGAUCGUGAUCGUGAUCGUGAUCGUGAUCGUGAUCGUGAUCGAGAUCGUGAACGAGAACAAGAAAGGGAACGAGAGCGGGAACGAGAACGUGAACGUGAACGGGAGCGUGAUCGCGAACAUCGAGAGCGUCGCGAGUUAGAACGUGAACAACAGGCACGGGAGCAUUUGCAUCGUGAUCGCGAACGUCUCGAUCGGCAUCAUGAGGCAGAAGAACGCCGAAGAAAGCAACAAUAUGACGGAUACUUGCCAGAUAGGCGAGAAAGAGCGAUUGAAUUAAUGAGCGGUCGAAAUACCUCAGAUGGGUCACUUACAGCAGCAAAUUUGAUUGAUGCUAUCAUAACACAUCAGAUAAGCCAAACAGCAGUCGAUCCACCUCCUAUGCCGUCGGUUCGAGAUCCUCAUAGGGCACCAUAUUUUGCGUCGCGCGACCAGCGUUCUAUUGCAAUGCAGCAGGUGAUACACGAAAACAACGGAAGCAAAUCUCAUUCUCCCAAUGUAAUAAAUGUUGACUUGGAUUCAGAUAACGUACCAUCCCAUCACAGACGCGACAGUGGUGGAAUAAGCGGUAACAGUCUUGGUGGUGUAAAAAAUAUCACUCUUGGCGAGUUAACAGAAUCGAUCAUAGCUAAGGACUAUUCGCCCAACCCCAAUCCAUACCUUCCGCUACGACCACCAAUGAUACCGUAUGGUGCAUCAACGACCGGAAAUCCCGGAGCGGAAGCAAUUCUGGCAGCUGAUCAAUGGAAACAUCGACGUCCAACGUCUCUAACAACAUCCAGUAAGGAAGAACAAAUGCAACGUGCACACGAAACUCAAAAGGGUCCCGGUCGAGCUACUCCUGAAGAUCGGCAUAUUAUUCGACUUGCGCAAUCACCUGGCCCAAGAAGUAAGUUUCAUGAAUCCGCCUCGCCCGACGGGCCACAAUUCUUUCACCCGGGGCCUCAUUUGGGACGCGUCGCUGGUGGCACCGGAGUGCCUCAUGCCGGAGCAGGAGGCAGGGAUAAUUUCGUUCUUGACUUUUACGUAAAAAAUCGUAUUGUCGAAGCAAUGCGAACUGAAGAUGAAAAGCGUGCUUCUACAGAUCCUUCGAUGGUGGUAGUUGUUGAUGGAGUCGGUGGGGGUAGUCGGAAUAUUGAACGCCAGCAAGAAUCCUCUCCACGCAGUUUCCAAAAUCUCUCACCUCAUCAUCAUCAGCCACCCUCGUCUCACCAUCAUGUGAAGGAAAUUACUUUGGUUGACCGAAGUGGUACACCGGCCUCUGGAGCAAGCGAUGGACAACCGCAUUCUUUGAAUGAAGAUCACAAACAAAAUCAUCCGUAUCCACAGCAUUCUACGCAUUCUUCCGUAUUAGCAGUAUCGGGUUCUACUACAUCAAGUCCAGUCGUCGUUCAUAGCACAUACCAUCCGCUAACGACGCAGCCGCUAACGUCGUUCACUACACCACCAACUUACGCCUAUCCGUUUAGUGCCCUUACUGUGGCCAGUGGGGGGCCGCCAACUACUUCUACUGGGCAUCCUUCUUCGCCAUCUACAUCUUCCACGACGUCUAUAGUGAACUUGAUGGGGGCUGGAAGUGGUGGAGGUAAUAAUGUUGCUGGUUUGAAAUCUAUGCAUUCAGGAAUGAUUAUCACUGGAAGUGGUGCUGGAGUAACUGGCGGUCUUGGCGGAAACAAUUCUAUUGGAGCAAACAACGGAGGAGGCAACGGAUCUGGUGGUGUAUUGACUGAUGAUCGUCAUAUUACCUCUGCUAUCGAACCGAAACCACUGCUAUCUGCUCAAUAUGAAGCGCUGAGUGAUGAAGAUUAAGGCGAAACCCCUUAGCUCUAAAGCUAAACACACGAAUUGCGUUAAUGUUAUGUUUAUUUUUCAUUGCACGCUCAUUUUUUUUUCAACGUAUUUUUUAUCUUCCUUGCCAUGAAUUCUGGCCAAAACAUCGUGCACUCAUGUUAAAGAUUGCAUUUUGCGUGUCAGCUUCAUAUUUUAACAUAAAACAAAAGGAACUAAUAGUUAUCAGUUUUUGCAAAUCAUACUGCAAAGAUGCCAAAUCUAUCAUGAACAAUAAUCAUAUGCUUCACUCAUUAUAGGCUUCUAAAGAGUUUUCCGACUAGGAAUACGGUAUUUCAAAAAAGUUAAUAAUAAUAAUAAUAAUGCAGCUUCAUAGUGCCGCAGAAAACGUAUAAAGUAACACGCAAUAUGUCGUGGUUUCGCCAUUUGUCUAGGCUGGCUUGUUCCAACAAGAUCAUGAUAGUGAGCUGGUUCCAACAAGAACAUGAAAGUGGUACUAAGCAAACGUUUGAGUAUGAUGAGUAAUAUGCAGAAAUAGACAUUAGAAUGAAAUGUGGACAGGAAUAAUCUGGAUGUAAUGGCAAGUUUCGAUCAAUGUCAUGCAAGCAUAUGAUGAAUUUGGAGAGACGAUACGGAAGUGCAAGAUCUUCCUCAAUAUGGCAAAAUUAUCAAAUAAACACUCAACACAAGCAUCCUUAUUCGCCAUACUCAAAGCGCCAUUAUACAAUCAACAAAAACAGAGAAAAAAUAAUUUCAAACCGAUGCUCUUAAACAGUACAUUAUGGAAAAUUUGAACGUAGAGGCAGGAAUACAGGUAGAAUUAGUAAUACUUCACAGUCAGGUAGAGAGAUAGACAUUGACAAAAGGAGAGCUACUACACAUUAUUUGCCACAGCUACUUAAAGGUAACUCUCACGAUUCGAAAUUUUCUUUAGAUUUGAUUCCUUCCAACUAAGCGUAGAAUUAAAAUGUUCAGUAACUGAUAUUUCAAAGUUAUGUAUUUUUUAUCCAGAAAUCAGUUUAUAUAACUAAUACAGUUUUAUGAAAGAUCAUCAAAUUCAAAGGCAAUUGUAAGUCGAGAAAUUGAAUGUCUCAACAAACAUAUCUUAUCAUUUUGCUUCAGUUACACAAUUUCGUACGUUUUGUUACACAUCUACCACCGUUAUACAUUAUGCUUCUAUAUAUACACCGUUAUACAUUAUGCUUCUGAGGUGCUAAAUAGAAAGAGCGUUUUGAUGUGGGCCUGACAUGGUUUACACCGAUAUUUUACUUUAUUCACACCCAUACACUCAUUUUUUUAAUAUUCAAUGUACACACAUAAUACAAAAAAACACAUAAACACACACAGUCAAACAGAUACAUAAAAAAUCCUCUCAUCAUAAAAAAAAAGAAUUAAAUUGCCCUUUCGAAUCCAAAGUUGCAAUUUACGAAAAUGUUAUGCUGUUCGUUAGUAAGCAACACAUCGACCGAGCAUGGAUGAGUCGUUUUCGUUGCGAUAAGUCCAAUCCGAUUACUUUUAAUCGAUAAGAUCGAGAUCAGAUUCGUAUUACGAUCAUUAUCAUUCGUUGGACUCUUGUCACUUUGCAGCAUCCAAAGGGUGUAGAAAAACGAAAUUAUGAAAAAGCUGAGCUGUGCGUCGUUUGCAAAUAUGAUGGUUUUAUCAUUCGUUUGAAUUGUGUUCCUUGAUCAACAUCUAUUGUAUAUGCUUUGCCGAUGCUAAACUGCCUAUCGAUUACUGUCUGUUUUGUGUGUAUGCGGUUGUAUUACAUAGGUGAAUGAUGUGAAACUGUAUUUGCAAUCGUGUAUGGCAAAUAUACAAUGAAACCAAAAUAACAGAGCAAAUGUUCUUUAUUUUUUGCAAUGAUCAUUUGAUUGGAUCAGCUUGUGACGAAUGUAAAAGACAUCGAGGAAAAUUGAUGAAUAAUCGCGGGGAAAUUAUAUGAAUAGAAGAGGAAGAAGGGAUCCUGGAAUAUAAAAAAAACGUAGCAACUAAUUGCUCUUACAAAGGAUAUUACUCAUUCUGAGAUAGGACACAUUAUGUACAGUAAAAAUAAAAUGAAAAAUAAGUGACCAGCAAGAUACUUUACACCCAAAAUCAGUGAAGUGGUGCGAUUUAUUCUUUAAUCGAUUUUUUAAAUUUCCUUAGUUUAUGCAUUAUAUGAUACGAUUUGUUCAUUUUAUUUUUUUUAAAAGUAAUUUAGCGAUUAUGAAAACAUUUAGAAUAUCCAUUAAAUAACGGAAAGGUCGCUGAGAAGUAUAUUACAAACAUAAAUGUAAGGAAUCGAGAAAAUCUGAGUGAACGAAAAAAAAAGAAUGGCAAGCAUGUAAAAGGAAAUAUAAUAGGUACUAUGAAAAUACUGCAAGAAUACGAAAAAGGUGUAGAGCAGUCGUAACUUGUAGAUGCAGAAUAUAUAACGAACUGAAUUAAAGAGAGAGAAAAAAAAACAAAAGAAUCGAUAUGAUAUGAAUAUAAGAACGAGUAGAUAGUGAGAUAACACGUAACUAAAA